AUGGCUAUGCUUUCAAGCCUAAGCAGGCCGGUGCUUUCAUGGCUGCAUCCUUCCAUCCGAGCGGAUGCACCGAGACCGAGAAUCUCCGCCCAACAGGGCUGCCACUUGCGGCUGGAGAGACCGGCCCUUGCCCUUGCUGUUGGCAUAACGAGCAUAGCUCGGUUGAGCGGGCGCCAGCGAAGCUUGCGACGGGCCGUGGUCCAUGGGGUUGAAAGACGCAUCCCUCAGGGCUCCACCGUCUACUUAACAGGGGUUUCGCCUGAGCUGGAGGGCGAACCCUGCGAAGUUCUCAGCUUUGACCUUGCAAGGAGGUUUUGGCUGGUGCGCUUUCUGCAUCCUCGUUUCAAUGAUCGCAGAGCAUUGGUGCCAGAACAAGGUCUGAGCUUUGGAUACUGCGUAAUGCCUGAGAGCAUUCUUCUGUCGUCAGCGAUGGUUAGAGAAUGUGAAGACUUUAGCGGUCGCGGCUUGGAAGUAACUGCAGACAUUUGCAAAGGUCAGAUGUUAUUUGAGGAGAGCCCCUUCUUCAUCACAGCGGAUGAUGUGAACGAGGUGAUCCGAGCAUUCUUCAUGCUGAAGGCCCAGGCGGCCAAGGCGAAAGACGCUCUGCAAGGCGAGUAG